AUGUCGAUGACGACAUUUGUGACGUCUGAGCUGAUUUUCGCUCUGCUUAUGUUAUUGGCAUUUGUACAACGAAUAGAACCCUACAAGGUGAGCAAUUGGCUCAAUGAAGAGAAUGCCAAAGUGGCAGAGGAAACGCCUCAGACCGCAGAUGGUAGAAAUCCUAGUCAUUAUUACAGAGAUGUUUUGACUUUACGUUACAAGCGUAGGCCUUUUUUAUCAUCACCUGCAGCAGCAUCAGCAGCUGUGGCAGCAGCAGUAGCUCCUUUAUCAUCCUCAUCAUCGGUUGCAGGCUCUUUUGAUUUGGCCAGUUUCAAUCAUCAAUUAAGUCUACCAUCAGUGCCAUUGCCGCCACCGCCACCCUUUCCGGGCAAUUUUAAUGCCUUCUCACCUUUCGGUUCAUCAUCAUCAUCCUCGUCGGCAACUUCCUCAUCAGGUUCUGGUUCAUCCGGCCUGGAGACCAAACCCUUAAAUGCCUUCGCCUUUAAGCCACAAACCCAUUCGUCAUCGCCUGCCUCCACCCUGGCGGCCCACAAUUGUGGUGGAGUACUGAAGGCUCGCCAUGGCAUCAUUCACACACCCAAUUUCCCACACAAAUUUGCCACCCCCAUUGAAUGCGUUUGGGUAAUUGAUGCCUCCGAAUUAAUGCCACACCACAAUGGACUCAACACCUCCAUAGUGGUCUACUUGACCCAGUUGUAUGUGCUGGGUGGUCUCAAGUUCACCGAGUACAUGUACUAUUCGGAUGAUUAUAAGGUGCCGGCGCAUCGUGUCUUCACUCUCACCGAGGACGAUGUCACGCAGGUGGCUUGGAUUCAAUUCAAUUCUCAGUACCUGGAGAUACGCUUCCACAUGACUACCCUGGAUGGGACACAUUUGCGUGCCCUAGAUCGCCUGCUGGAUGUCUAUGGUUUCAACAUCACCUAUGAGGUGGAGCCGGUGAAGUCGUAUCAGUGCAAUACAUUGCAGUGCCGUUUUCUGGGACAUUGCUAUGCCAAGGAGGACUAUAGCUCGUAUUACUGUUCCUGUUUCCCCGGCUUCAGUGGUCAGGAUUGUGGCCGUGGCCCAUUGUGUGAAGAUCCUCAUACAAAUAUUUGCCAAAAUGGUGGCACAUGCAAGCAUAUUGGAGAUGCUGCCAUAACCUGCCAUUGUCCGAGCGGAUUUAAGGGAACCAAAUGUGAAAUACCCGAUAUAAGUGCAGUAACAAUGGGCUGUACUUCGGACUCCUCGGCCCUGGAUUGUCAUCGUGAAUGUGAUUUUGAAAAUUCCAAAGACCUGGGACUAUCCUUGUUAAAGACCAGCAGAACUUCAGCUCGUUCGGGAAAGACACGCUAUGAGGUGACCAUAAGAUUGGGCGCCAAUUUAACUGCCUUCUAUCGAAACAUCGACCAUGAGCAGCAACAUAAAAGCAAAGAACAAUUGCCCUCAACACUGGAAAGACAUCUAUCCCGUGUUUUGCGUAACUUCAACAUUACCAAAAUCAGCGAUUUGGAAUUAAUAUCGAAUAGUACAGACCGUCUCGAUAUCACAUUUCAUUUCUUUGGCGUCAAAGGAGAUUCAAAUCGGAUAAGAGAGGCUAUUACACGAAUGGUGGAAAGAGGACGCAUUGGCAAUAUAACCUUGGUGUCGAACUAUCAUUUGUUUGAUGAGAAUCCACCUUUGAAUUUAAUGGAUUUAUCUGUCAAUCAAAAGCAAAUUAUACGCGAAGAUAGUCAAUUUAUUUUGUCAUGCACUGCUCAAGGAUCGGCACGUAUGCAAUUUCAAUGGUAUAAGGAUGGGAUUGUUGUUAAUGCCACCAAAGCAACCAGGGAAAUAUGGACUACUGUUUUACCACCAGAAUCCAAAGAUGUGUUCACUGCCAUAUUGGGAAUUUCAAAAGCAAAUCGUUUGGAUGAAGGAAUUUAUACAUGCAAAGAAUUGAUAGAGACCUCCGGGCCCAGUGCCGAGAAAGAGAAGGAGGUAAGAAGUAUAGCGUUAGACUGUACCCCAGCGGAGAACAACGCGGAGACAUGCGAGAACAGCACCAGUUCUCCUAGACAAGAGUUCAUCUUGAAGAUGCGACUUUCGGAGGAGGAGGCGCUUGAAAAGUGCAAGAAAGUCCUUCGCCAGAUGCGACUAGCUAUAGGAAGGCAGAAGAACAUUAGCAGGGAUGUCCAAAAUGGUGUGUCUGAGAUAGAGGAAAUCUUGGACAUUAUUGGGAGCUACCGCAAAAACUGGAAGGCCGCGGAGAAGCAGAAACAGCAAAGCAGGCCAAUAAUAGCGGAGACUCCCACGACAUCAACCAACAUGUCGACGCCUUCUACGGCGCAAAACAAGAGGAGCGCGCCGAGUCCAGUCGAAGAAAAUCCUGGCAAAAAGAAGAAGGAUAAAGCUGUAGAGGUGAGACCACCGGCGAAAACAGCCGGAAAGAGGAAGCCCGACAAAGAGGCUGAGAAGAAGAAGCCCGAAGAAGAGGCAAGAACGUCAAGGAGGAACCCGCGGCGAAAACCGCGCGCUCGGAGACCACGGAAACCCAGGCAGCGACCAGAGGCCGUGUUAAUCAAGCCGAAGGAGGGGCAUAGUUACGCGGACGUGCUCAGGGACCUCAGGCGAAACGCGAAACCGGAGGAAGCCGAGGUCGCCAUCCGCUCCGUCCAGAAAACGAGAACGGGUGCAGUUCUUCUCGUGAUGGGCAGAGGAGGAAACAAGGAGGUGUUCUGCGAGUCCCUCAAAGGCGUCCUUAAGGAGGCUGCAGUCGUGCAGGACAUGAAACCGAAGGCGACAAUUGAGAUCCGUGACUUGGACUCCCUCUCGACCGCCGACGAGAUCACUGAAGCAGUGAUCAAGGCAACGGGAACGACAGCUGGAGAAAUAGUCGCAGAACAACGUGCUGACAUCGUGAUUAUAAGCGAGCAAUAUGGAAGGAGAGAUCAAGGGUCCUGGCUGGAGGAUCCCACAAAAACAGCUGCUAUCUGGAUCCCAUACCGCAAUGGCAUCUCACCAGUAAAGAGCGGAAGUGGAGACGGUUACGUCUGGGUGCAGUUAAACCACUUUACGCUGUUUAGCUGCUACCUCACUCCUAGUGACAGCAUCGACGCCUACGAGGCAAAACUCGAUGAGAUCGAGGACACAAUGCGUGGAUUAGACGGCCAUCACGUAGUAGCUGGCGAUUUCAACUCUCGAGCGGUGGAAUGGGGCAUGCCAACAACCAACCCAAGAGGGAGACGAGUUCUAGACAUGGCCGCAAGAACCGGUUUACUCGUUGUAAACACUGGAGACGUGCCAACCUUUAGGCGACCCGGCUGCGAAGGCACUAUACCGGACAUCACCCUUGCGUCCGAGGAAAUCAUCGGAAAAAUAACAGAGUGGAGCGUACUGGAAACUUACACGGCAAGCGAUCACCAGUACAUUAUGUUCUCCUUCAAUACUGGAGGGAACACAGUUAACGAGGAAAGGAGCACCAGUACACGAAAGUGGAACGUGAGCAAGCUCGACUCCUCAAAACUCCUGGCGGAAAUCGACCGGCAAGCCGUGUGGUCAGAGCUGGAUGAACUAGACGUCCCGUCGACAGUGGAACGGGUGAUGGAAAUCAUAGAGUACGGAUGUAAGAAAUCCAUGCCAAAACUCAAAAGGCCGAGGGGAAAUAAAACCGCAGUGCACUGGUGGAAUGAUGCCAUAGCUGAGCAACGAAGCAACUGCAUCAAACUAAGACGCAGAUACACGAGAGCUCGUCGCAGGGGCACGGCUGAGACAGAACACGCUCUUUACAAGGAGCAAAUUAAAAAGUUACAACUUUUAACGCAAUCAGCAGCAUUGAACCGUGAAACUAUAGCAGCAUCACAAUUAGCAACAUCAACAUCCACAGGAAGCGUAACACAAGCACAGGCUGCCUCUUCUUCCUCAUCUUCAUCUGUUUCUUCUUCGUCGUCGUCGUCGUCUUCCUCAUCAUUGCCAUCAUCUGGUUCCAUUAUAACUUUGACACAGCCAUCCAGAAUAGAUGCCAUUGAAGAUGGCGGCACUUCGAAGACCAUGGCCAGCAAUGCGGGUGCAUCUGUUGCAGCAACAUCAUCCAUUGCAGCUAGCGGAAGUAACCGACAACAAACUUUGUUGAAAACUGACAUUUCACAGUCUGCCAGUAAUGGACCGGCUGUCAAUGCCAUGGAUGCUGGCACCGUAGUUGCUGGUGCUGGCUCCAACAGCAUUCUUACCGUUGACGAAGACUCUCUCUCAUUGGAUCGUCUCAACUCGUUGCGCAUCUAUAUGACGUCCAUAAAAACUUUACCCUUCAAUCUACGCAUAUAUGGUGAUGAUUUGUUUUCGGAUCAGCUAUACAUGGACAUUGGACUAUCGAAUCGUUUGCUCAACAUUAUGACCAAUAAUACAAUUUUCGCCUCAGUCAUAUCGUAUAAAAAUCUGAAAAGUUUUCUACCCAAGACCUACUACACACGUGGAAGUGAUCCCAAGGAAUCUGAUUACAUUUUGGCUUCGCGCAUCAUACAAACAUGGCUCUUUCAAUCGAAUCGUUCUAAUGAUAAUUUACGCGAACCUCUGGACUUACCCUUCGAACAUGGACAUGUGGAGAUAAUAUUCCAACAUGAAAGGGCACCCAAGGACAGUGAUUGGAUAGCGGUGUGUGGGCAUGACUAUAAAGCCUCCUUUGAAAGCAGUUGGCGUUCGGAUUUAUGCAUUACCAAGAAUCUAAUGGAGAAUAUAACGCGUUGUAUAUGCCCCGUUUCGGGCACUUAUGUUGUGAUGCUAACCAAGCGUAAUAAUCAUUCCCAUCAUUUGGCCACACCACCCCGUCCCAUGUUUGUCAUUGUCAGCUGCGUCUGCUGUUUGCUGCAAUCAUGCUCUGCCUUCAUUAUCUUGUUGCCAAUUUGGUUUAAUCGUCAGUGUGCCAUAACAUUUUUGAAAAUGCAAUUUUGCAUUUCAACUUCCAGCAUAAUGGUCAUAUUUUUGCUGGGAUUUUUGAAAAUGCUGCCCGUGGGUUUUACCAUACUCUGCUGUUUUGUGAUAAAGCCUGAAUCUCCUUUGCGGCCACACAGAGGAAAUAUGGGCCGAUACUCAUCGAGUGAUAAUCUGAAAAAGAAACUCAGUUCCAGUAAAACAAGUCUAGAUGAUAACUACUGUACAGGGACCAUAAAUGCGCCAAUUAGUUUUUACACCAAUCAUGAAAAGGAGUCGGAAUUGAGUAGCUCUGCACCACCGCUGAUGCAUAAAACGCCACCAUCACCGGCACGUCGACAACAGUUGGAAAUGAGUGCUGCAACAUGUCAAAUGCCGGGCUUAACCAUAAUCUCUACAGCUCCACGCUGUCAAAUGUUGCCCUUGUUGGCAGGUGGGGGUAGUUCAGCAGCAUCACAACAAGAGCAACAUCAUCACGUGGCAAGUGUGGAAACAUUUAUUGGGCCACCACCACCACCAUCAGCAGCAGCAGUAGUAGGCGUUAACAACCACACCACUGCUUCCAGCUCCCUCAGCAGUGGUGGCACAUUGGAGCGUAAAGCUGCCUCAAAACAUAUGACAUGCUUGCAACAGCAGCAACAUUCACAAGCCAACAAUUUGCCAUCGUCAGCAAGUGCUGGAGUGUCGACGGUUACAUCAAUAACAUCGCCAGCCACGAGAUGCUGCAACAUUCUAGCGGGUACUGGUGCGGGCGGCCUAGGGUUGCUUGGUGCUAAUAGUGGAAAUAUUUUACAACAGCCACAACAUCAUAGUGUUGGUAUGCCACAAGUUGUUACUGGCAGCUCCAUGGGUUAUUAUGAUGCAUAUGGGACAACAUCGAUGAAUAUGCCGCUGCCACAACCACCGCCACCUUCAGCGUUAAAUAUGUCCCUAACAGGGAGCUUAAGUCGCAGGAGUCAUUUGUCCGCAGCACAUGCUCAACAACAAAUGCUGCAGCAGCCGGCCAACAGCAAUAGUGAUUACAUUGGAGUAGAAACACUGGACAUAUUACAGGGAGUUGCUCCGGACACCAUCAUUGGCAUACGCUCCAAUGCCAAUACAAUGACCAUGUGUCCUUCAUCGGUGGCCUCAUAUCAUCAUCAGGGUGUUCAUCAUGCGGGGGCGUACAUUAGUAGUACUGCAUCACAAAUGUUACCACCUGGUGCCACCAUUGUAUCCAUAAGUGGCCUAACAAAUGUACCACCUCCCCCCUCCUCCAUAGUAGCCAUGGUUCCGGCAGUGGCUCUAUCAUCAUGUAAUUAUACAAUGGCACCACCGGCAACAAUAGUCACUACCACCUCAGUGACCACACAAACACCGAAGACACAGAAACGUGUUACCAUCAUGGAACCCACCACACAUACCUUUGAUCCAAUGUUGCCCACCAUGGUGGCAGUCAUGCAGGGUACCAAUAGCACAUCCGUGUCAGCUGUCAACUCAGCAGCAGCAACCACUAAUUCAAUAGCAGCGACUACAGGUUGCCAAACUGCAACUCCCAUACCCAUAAUAAAUGUUAAUAAUAGCGCCAGCAGCGCCAGUGAAGAUAAUAAAAAGUCUGGCAACACUAAUAAAGACGAAGAAGAAGAAGAGGAAAAUGCUGGAGCCAUGUUGGAUCGUAUAACUCAUGAUUUAAACUAUCUGCUAAAUGGUGCUGAAGAUGAUGAUCCAAUACCACCGCCUCCAAGACCACCCACAAGCUCCAUACCCCAAACGAAUGAGGGUUCAACUGCCGAGGUGAUCUUUAGCAAAAAGGAUGAGCUGUAGUCCUAAGUAAACAACAACAACAACAAGGGUAACAACAAACUUUAAAACAAGAAAAAAACGAAUCUCUCAAUAAAUAAACACACACUGAAGACAGGGUUAGUUAGGUGUAUAGUUAGUUAUAUUAUUUAAAAAUAAAAGGUUGUUAAGUGUACAUAUAUAGAGCCAUAAGUUUAAUUAAAAAAGUACAUAAAUUUAUUUAAAAGUAUUCAAAAUUAGUUAAAGAAGUUACAAAUUCCAAUUGCAAGACAUUAUAUGACAUAACUCUCAAAACCAAAUCAAAAAAAAAAAAAUCCAAACCAAAUUCAAUUAAGUUUACGGGGAAUAUCAGAAAAACAUGAUCAUUGCUAAUCAAAAAUGAUAGUUCUUAAUAAUUACAAAAAAACAAAAUACAAAUAACAUCCUAAAUUAAAAUUUAUACAUAAGAUAAAAAUUAUUUAGUAUUGCAUAAAAAUCAAAAGAAUGCAAGAGGCAGCUAAUUUUGUUCAAAUUUCUCAUAUAUUGCAGAUCAUUUAUUUGCCAACGGCCAAACAAAUGAAACUAAUUUUCGGUUAAAUAAGUGGAAAUUAUUUCGAAAUUGAAAAAUAAACAUUUGAAUAAAAACAAGUAAAAGCGUCCUAAGUCCGGCCGGGCCGAAUCUUAUAUACCCUCCACCAUGGAUCGCAUUUGUCGAGUUCUUUUCCCGGCAUCUUUUCUUAGGCAAAAAAAGGAUAAAAGACGAGAUUUCAAGAUCCCAGAUUGGUUUAUAUGGCAGCUAUAUCAAGCUAUGAACCGAUUUAAACCUUAUUUGGCACAGUUGUUGUCAUAAUAAAAUACUUCAUACAAAAUUUCAGCCAAAUCCGAUAGGAAUUGCGCCCUCUAGAAGCUCAAGAAGUCAAGUCCCCAGAUCGGUUUAUAUGACAGCUAUAUGAGGUUAUUGACCGAUUUGAACCAUAACUGGCACAGUUGUUGGAUAUCAUAACCAAAUACUUCGUGCAAAAUUUCAUUCCAAUCGGAUAAGAAUUCCGCCCUCUAGAGACUCAAGAAGUCAAGACCCAAGAUCAGUUUAUAUGCAGCUAUAUCAGGUUAUUUACCGAUUUUGACCGUACUUGACACAGUUAUUGAAAGUCACAACAGAACACUACGUGCAAAAUUUCAGCCAAAUCGGACAUAAAAUGUUGCUUGUUAAGGCUCAAGAAGGGAGGGACCGCGCACCCAAUGACUUCCAACAACUGUGCUAAAUUAGGUUCAAAUUGGUCAAUAACCUGAUAUAGCUGCAUAUAAAUCGAUCUUGAAUCUUGACUUUUUGAGCCACUAGAGGGCGCAAUUCUUAUCCGAUUUGACUGAAAUUUGACAUGACGUAUUUCGUUAUGACUUCCAACGACUGUGCUGAGUAUGGUUCAAAUCGAUCCCUAAUCUGAUAUAGCUACCAUAUAUACCGAUCUGGGGUCAUGAUUUCUUAAGCCCCUAGAGGGCGCAAUUCCAAUUCGAAUUGGCAAAAAUUUGGUAUUUCAUGUUUCGUUAGGACUUCCAACAACUGUGCUAAGUAUGAUUCAAAUCGGUGCAUAACCUGAUGUAGCUGCCUAGAGGGCGUAAUUCUUAAUCGAUUCGGCUGAUAUUUUGUACAGCGACUUCUCCCACGACCGUCAAGGUACAUGUCAAAUAUAGUCUAAAUCGGUCAUUAGCCUGAUACAGCUCCCAUAUGGGGAGCGAUAUAGAACCGAUAUCCUUAUUUUACUUCAUGAGCCCCUAGAAUUCUUAUUCGAAUUGGCUGAAAUUUUACACAAUGACUUCUACUUACUUUACUUUACUUACUUUAAUUGGCUAUGACAGAAUAUAUGUUCCACUAGCCGAACGUAGAAAAGCGUUUCAAGCGCCUCGAUCUUCUGCGCUCAUUCUAAAAUAUCUGACACCAAAUUUCGGGGUGUCUCCCACAACUUGAUCUCUCCAUCGGGCUUUUGGUCUUCUCGGUUUGCGUGUACCACCGUGUUUGCCUUCAAAAGACUUCUUUGCUGGAGCUUCUUCAUCCAACAGCCGUUGUAUUUUGAUGCGUGUAACUAUGCUAUCGUCGUCAUACAGCUCGUGGUUCAUAUGUCGCCUAUAUUCUCCUUUAACGCAAACUGGUCCAUAUAUUUUUCGAAGAAUCUUUCUCUCAAAUACUCCAAGCACUGCCUCAUCUGCUUUCACAAGUACCCAUGCUUCAGAACCAUAUAACAACACGGGUAGUAUCAGUGUCUUGUAUAGUGUAAUCUUCGUCUGUCGAGAGGUGGCCUUGUUUCUAAACUGCUUACUUAGUCCAAAGUAGCAAUUGUUUGCCAGUAUCAUUCUUCGCUUAAUCUCAAAACUGGUGUCAUUCGUUUCGGUUAUGGCGGUGCCGAGGUAGAUAAAGUUAGUGACUCUCUCAAAGUUGUGAUUCCCAACUUUCUCCAUUUUCUUUAUCUGCUCGGUUGUGCAAGGCUUUUUGGGAGUUGAAAGCAUCCAUUUCGUCUUAUCUCCAUUUACUGCCAAACCCAUUUUGACUGACUCUCUUUCGAUUCUUUCAAAGGCUGCAGUUACUACUUCCGGUGAUCGACCUAUGUGUUCGAGUAGCAUGUGUUCUCUUGUGAUUAGCGUGCCAUAUCUAUUCACAUCUGCAUCUCGUAUAAUCUUCUCCAGUAGAAUGUUAAAGAGAUCACACGAUACCUCGUUUGGUAUUAAAUGAUUCGGAGAGAUUCUUUCCUAUUCUUACUGAGGAACGCGUAUCAGCCAGAGUCCUCCUGCAAAGUCUUAUUGGAAUUUUGCACGGAUACCAAACUCAGACAGGACUUGAAAUACCUUUAAACGUAAAAGAGUAUCGAAGGUGGCUUUGUAGUCAACAAAGAGAUUGUAUGUGUUGAUUUGUCCUUCUCUUUUCUAGGAUUUGGCGCAGUGUGAAUAUCUGGUCUAGGGUGGAUUUACCAGGUCUAAAGCCGCAUUGAUAGCGCCCAAUUAUCUCAUUGACUUUAGGUUUUAAUCUUUCACACAGUACGCUCGAGAGUAUCUUGUAUGCGAUGGGGAGGAGACCUAUUCCUCUGUAGUAUGCGGGACAUAGUAUGCUCGGGUUCCAAUCAUAGGGUAUGCGUUCUUCUAGCCAUUCUACGCCUUAGCAGUUCAAUAGUUCAGCGGGUAACCCGUUGGCUCCUGCUGCCUUGUGGUUCUUUAGUCGGGUCACUGCUACUUGAACCUCAUUCUGACUAGGAGGUACACAUUCUAUACCAUCAUCAGGGAUUGGUUCUGCGGUAUCCUCUUCGCCAACAACAUUGGACACUAGCACUAGUUGGGUAAAAUGUUCUUUCCAUAUCCUCAGCAUGUUAUCUGUGUCAGUUACCAGGUUUCCUUCUUUGUCUCUGCAGGAGGAUGUGCCUGCACCAAAGCCAUCGGUUUUCAUGACUUCUCUAUGGUCUCCAAUAUUUAAUUCAAUUAUUUUCUGAAUCGGACCACAACCUCUUUUAUAUUAAAUUUUUUUAUUUAUUUUUAUACCCACCACCGACGGAUGGGGGUAUAUUCAUUGUAUCAUUCCGUUUGCAACACAUGGAAAUAUCCAUUUCCGACCCUAUAAAGUAUAUAUAUUCUUGAUCAGCGUAAAAAUCUAGACGAUCUAGACAUGUCCGUCCGUCUGUCUGUUGAAAUCAAGCUACAGUCUUCAAAAAUAGAGAUAUUGAGCUGAAACUUUGCACAGAUUCUUUUUUUCUCCAUAAGCAGGUUAAGUUCGAAGAUGGGCUGUAUCGGACUAUAUCUUGAUAUAGCCCCCAUAUAGACCGAUCCGCCGAUUUAGGGUCUUAGGCCAAUAAAAGCCACAUUUAUUAUCCGAUUUUGCUGAAAUUUGGGAUAGUGAGUUGUGUUAGGCCCUUCGACAUCCUCCGUCAAUUUGGCCCAGAUCUGUUAAGAUUUGGAUAUAGCUGCCAUAUAGACCGAUCCUCCGAUUUAUGGUCUUAGGCCCAUAAAAGCCACGUUUAUUAUAUGAUUUUGCUGAAAUUUGGGACAGUGAGUUGUCUUAGGCCCUUUGACAUCUUUCUUCAAUUUGGGUUAGAUCGGUUCAGAUUUGGAUAUAGCUGCCAUAUAGACCGAUCCUCCAAUUUAGGGUCUUAGGCCCAUAAAAGUCACAUUUAUUUUCCAAUCUUGCUGAAAUUUGGGACAGUGAGUUGUGUUAGACCCUUCAACGUCCUUCGUCAAUUUGACCCAGAUCAGUUCAGAUUUGGAUAUAGCUGCCAUAUAGACCGAUCCUCAGAUUUAGGGUCUUAGGCCCAUAAAAGCCACAUUUUAUAUCCGAUUUGGAUGAAAUUUGGCACAGUGAGUUGUGUUAGGCCCUUCAACAUUCUUCGUCAAUUUGGACUAGAUCGGUCCAGAUUUGGAUAUAGCUGCCAUAUAGAGCGAUCCUCCGAUUUAUGGUCUUAGGCCCAUAAAAGCCACAUUUAUUAUCCGAUUUUGCUGAAAUUUGGGACGGUGAGUUGCGUUAGGCCCUUCGACAUCCUUCGUCAAUUUGGUCCAGAUCGGUCUUAAUUUGGAUAUAGCUGCCAUAUAGACCGAUCCUCCGAUUUAUGGUCUUAGGCCCAUAAAAGCCACAUUUAUUAUCCGAUUUUGGUGAAAUUUGGGACAGUGAUUUGCCUUAGGCCCUUCGACAUCUUUCUUCUAUUUGGCCCUGAUCGGUUCAGAUUUCGAUAUAGCUGCCAUAUAGACCGAUCUCUCGAUUUAAGGUUUUGGGCUCAUGAAAACGCAUUUAUUGUCCGGAGUCGCCGAAAUUUGGGACAAUGACUUGUGUUGGGCCCUUCGAUAUUUGUCUUCAAUUUGGCUCAGAUCGGUCCAGAUUUGGAUAUAGCUGCCAUAUAGACCGAUCUCUCGGUUGAACAAUAACAUGUAUUUAUAAGCAUUUGGUCUAAAUCGGAUGAUAUCUAUAGAGCUGCUAUGGGGCAUAAGGUAUGCAUUUUUCACUGGAUUUUGACGAAAUGUGGUUCACAUAUAUACCCGAGGUGGUGGGUAUCCAAAGUUCGGCCCGGCCGAACUUAACGCCUUCUUACUUGUUUUAGAAUAUUUUUCAAAUAUUUUCAAUAUUUUUUACACUCCAAAAAUAUAAUGGCCUAUAUUUCCACCACAUUUAAAUAAAUUUUUAAGUUUCUAUACCAUUGGCCUGUAACUCCUACUACUAAUUUAGAUAAUUUAGAUAUAUAAGUGUAAAUAUUUAAAAACCGAAAAUAAAAAUAUGUGUGGUAUCAAUCAAAAUUAAAAAUUUUUAAAUUAAGCAAGCAAUGCUCAUAAUUAUAACCAACCAAUUAUGACAUUGGCAUUGUAAAUAAUAUAUAAAAAAAAAACGAGCAUUCAACAAAACCCAAGUUUUCCAAUUAAACAAAGAAGAUGAAAAACCAAACUCAAACUAACUUACAAAUGAAUUUAUUUAAAAUUUAGAUAAGCAACUAAAGAAAGGAGAGAAAAA